UGGUUCACAGAUGUCAGAGCACACCUGGCAGCAUUAGCUAUCCAGACAGCGCCGACUUCAAUAAAAGGAAAACAGAAAUUGUCAUCAUGAACAAAAUCAUCGUCUAUGAACACGGCGAUUUCAGAGGACUCAGCAAAGAGUUCACCAGAGAUGUUCCUAAUCUGGUCAGCGAAAACUUCAACGACUGCAUUUCAUCCGUGAAGGUAAUUGGCAUGCCUUGGGUAGCUUAUGAGCAUAGUGACUACCAAGGUCGUCAGAUACUAUAUGAGGAAGGCCAGUAUCCCAGUGUUGCUAUGAACGAUACUUUUUCUUCAUUGAAAAUCAUCACGGAUAGCCUCGAUGAUCCUUUCAUCUCCCUUUACGAAGAUAUUAAUUAUGGAGGAAGAAAGAAAGACAUCACUACUGAAACGAACCUCUGCUUUGCUGACUUCAAUGACAAAGCUUCUUCCCAUAUUGUGCAGAGAGGCGCCUGGGUCCUGUAUGAGGACAUAAACCGUGGAGGUCGUCAGAUUAUCGCUCGUGCUGGGGAAAGAGUGCCAAACUACGGUAGUUUCGGCUUCAAUGAUCGGCUCUCCUCUCUUCGUCCGCUGCAGUACGGCUCUCCUACAGUGAAAGCCAAGAUUCAGUGGGAGAAAAUGAUCAAGGAAUCAGAGAGGAAUGUGAAGAUUGAUGAGCUGGUUGGAACAAACAACUCAGACAGUGAGCAGUCAUUUUCAUCAACCGCCACUAAAGAAUAUGAAACCUUCACCAGUGAGAGCAUCACCUUCAGCAACUCCACCACGAUUACAGUAGGAACUAGUUUCUCCCUUAAUAUCGUGCCCGGUGUAGGAAUAGAGAGCAGCAUGUCAGUUUCUAACACCUUCAAUGUGGAAAAAGGAAAAACCGAGUCUAAAACUACAAGGGAGAAGACCGAACUCAACCUACCUGUGAAAAUCCCACCACACACAAAACUGACUGUUAAUGUCAUGAGAAAAGAAAUGUCUGUGAGGGUGCCGGUAGAGUUUACUGUCACUCGAGGUAAUAACACUAAAAUAGAGUACGGGGAGUACCGGUGCAGCUCAGGGAGCUCAGUGCAUGCUGAAUAUUCAUCUGUACGUAUAUAGUGAAAUGGAGAAAGUAACUAAGAGAUGAAAUAAGGAGAACAGAAUAUUAUGCAUGUAUUAAAUCCAUAAAGCUCUAUUAAAAUGUCAAUGUAAUGAGCACUCUUUCUAUGUGACUCCUGUUAAUGAGAAAACUUAAAACAUAUACAGAAUAAAAUCUGAAGUUAAGGUUUU